UAUCACAGACCUGAACCAUCAACUUAGAGAAAUCACUAGUCUUUAUAUAAUUUAGUUCUAGUUUAUUUAAAUUUACAUCAGGGGAGAUCUAGGUUUGUUUUUUAAUGUCCAAUCAUUGUAGCUAAUGAAUUAUGUUAUAAAUGUUUGGUUUGCACAUGUCACCCUUCUCAUUUUUAAAGAAAAAAAAAGGCAAAGGUGAGUUUGUGCUGAAAUACAAAGUGAGUGUGAUUAAGUCCUAUCGAUUGUGAAUUACUGCAAGAUAAUCUGGAAAUUACUCAAAAUACUAAUAUCACCCUUUUGAGAUUUUACAGAGUCAAACCUUGUUUGUUAUUGUUGUUUUGUAUUGAAUAAUUUUUUUGUAUUGAACUUACGGUAUUAUGAGUCAGAGACAAUAUUAUUUAAUCAAUAGUAAAAUUUAGGAACGAAAUGUGGCUAUGGUUUCUGCGCCUUUUCGCUUCCCUUUCAUUCUUUACCAGUACCUUGUCCUCUUCUGUGUAUUCUGUGUCAGUCUCUGAGGGUGAGAAGUUGCAAACAUUAAUGCGUGCGCUUGUUACAAUAAAUUGUUUCGUGACUUGCGUGACAAUCUUGAAGUUUCGUGAGUAUGGCCUACGUCGCACAACAGCCCAAACCAAAAAUUAAACAGGCAAAAAAAUUUUCGGAAAGUUGAAACUGAAACGGGAAGUGCUGAAAAAUGUGACAAUUUUGGGUCGCACUACCGAAAUACAUAAAUAGGUUAAAAUAGACACAGUUGAUCAGAUUUUAUUUCUGGUGCGUGUUGUGCGUAUUGUGAUAAACAUGAACCUAAAUCAGGCCUUUUGCUUUGCUUUUCCCAUUCUACUCCUGUUUGCCUUUUUCAUUCUGUAUCGGCAGCUCCAUGUAAGAUGCAGUAAAUAGUUGCAUGUUGGAAUGCUACUAUAAUUAGGUUAGCCUAAAAGUUAGAGAAUCUCAUGCUGUUAAGCAUACAAGUUAAUUUGUGUAACUAGAUGCAUGACUGGUUUUUUUGACAAGCUAAGUAGUGUGACGGAGUUGAGUUCACUCAAGUGUGACUGAGGUUGAGUUAAACGGCGGUAGUGGUUAUUCGAAGUUUGGCAGAGGCCGUGUAUCAGUGUUUACUAUGACGAGUUGUCUCAGAGUUUUGUCAGCUGUGAAGACUACAUUCAUCAGGAAUAAAUCAUCUUUGUUGCUGUUCCG